CGCUGUGAGAAAGCAUGCAAUCCUCAAAUGGGAAACCUAGCUCAUGGACGUAAAUUGUGGACAGAUACUACAUGUGGAUACAACUUCACAGAAUUAUACUGUUCCUACAGUGAAAAUACAGACCUCCUAUGCAAGUGGCCUAAGUGUAGCAAAUGCAACUCUCUGAAUACACAUCUGGCUCAUCCAUCUUCUGCCAUGGUUGAUUCAUCUUUUAGAUUACCACACACAUGGUGGCAAUCAGCACAAGGAGUACAGACGGAGAAGAUCCAGCUCAAUUUGGAAACUGAAUUUUAUUUCACUCAUUUGAUCAUGAUAUUCAAGUCACCGAGACCAGCAGCCAUGGUCCUAGAGCGAUCUCAGGAUUUUGGAAAAACUUGGAAGCCUUAUAAGUAUUUUUCCAUCAACUGCUCAGCAUCCUUUAGGUUGGAUGAUGAUGUAACUAAGAAAGAGGCACUUUGCACUUCAAGAUACUCCAGCCAUUUCCCCUGCACUGGAGGAGAGGUUAUAUAUCGAGCUCUGUCACCUCCAAACUCUGCUGAUGACCCUUACAGUCCUAAAAUUCAGGCACAGUUGAAAAUCACGAACCUUCGAGUGCAACUGCUAAAGCGACAAUCCUGCCCAUGUCACAGCAAUGAUCUGAAUGCAAACCCACCACAGCUAACGUAUUACGCAGUCUAUGAUUUUAUUGUGAAGGGGAGCUGUUUUUGCAAUGGCCAUGCAGAUCGCUGUGCACCUAUUAAAGGUUUUAGGCCUGUCAAAGCAGCAGGAGUCUUCCACGUGCUCCAUGGGAGAUGCAUUUGUAAACAUAAUACUGCAGGAACUCACUGUCAGUAUUGUGCCCCUCUUUACAAUGACCAGCCCUGGCAUGCUGCAAAUGGCCAAACAGGAGCUCCAAAUGGAUGCAAAUCUUGUAAAUGCAAUGGGCAUUCUGACACUUGUCACUUUGAUAUGGACACAUGGCUGGCAUCAGGGAAUCAAAGUGGGGGCCUUUGUGACAACUGUCAACAUAAUACUGAAGGACAGCAUUGUGAACGUUGCAAGCCAGGCUAUUAUCGAGAUCUCAGAAAGCCUUUUUCUGCUCCAGACACCUGCAAAUUGUGCUCUUGCAACCCCAUUGGAUCAGCUGUGCUUCCUUUUAGCAACAGCACAUUCUGUGACCCUAGCAAUGGUGAUUGUCCCUGCAAACCUGGCGUGGCUGGUCCUCAGUGUGAUCGGUGUAUGGUAGGAUACUGGGGAUUUGGAUAUUAUGGCUGUCAACCAUGUGAUUGUGCAGGAAGUUGUGAUUCAAUCAAGGGAGACUGCAUCAAUAGCAAUGCAGACAUAGAGUGGUACCAUGAAAUUCCUGGUCUCUAUUCUGCACGUAACAAGAGUGAAGCAGCAUGGCAAUGGGAGGAAGAACAAGGAUACUCUGCUCUUCGACAUUCAGGCAAGUGUGAAUGUAAAGACCAAGUUCUGCAAAAUUUUAAGAUCUUUUGUGCCAUGAAAUAUACAUAUGUGGUAAAGGCAAAGAUUUUGUCUGCUCAUGAUAAAGGGUCUCAUGCUGAGGUCAAUGUGAUGAUCCAGAAAGUACUGAAAUCUACAAAACUGAAGAUUUUACAUGGAAAACAGAUUCUUUACCCAGAAUCAUGGACUACCAGAGGUUGUACCUGCCCAAUACUUAAUCCUGGUUUGAAAUAUCUUGUGGCGGGAUAUGAAGAUAUUCAUACAAGCAGACUGAUAGUCAAUAUGAAAAGCUUUGUUCACCAGUGGAAAUCAGCUCUGGGGAAAAAGAUCUUACAGAUUUUUAAAAAAUGUGGCUGA